ACUAAGUCACGCCCAGAUUCCCGAGGCCAGUUUAAAUAAUAUUGAGCACGCAAGCUUUGCGCACAAAAAACUUUCAGUCUUUGCCCGAUCAAGACGCUUUUUAAGAAACGGACGGGAGUGUUUUUUUGAGGGUACCGCUUUUAUAGAAAACUAAGGUGUCAUGCUGCGAGUAUGGUGCGUCCUGGUGGUGAUGGCAGCGGCAGCUUUUGCGGCGGCGCCCUCCUCCUCCUCUUCGAGCUCCACCAGUACAAAACGGGAAGACCCUAGCUCUGGAGGUGGAGGCUCUGGUGGACAGCCUGUAUAUUCUCCAUCCGCUUCAUCUAAUAGUUACAGCAGUGCGGCGUUCGAUGCAUCCGAUGCUAGCAGCGCGUACAAAUCUCCACAAAAUUCUCAGGGAAAUCUGUAUUAUUAUUACUAUCCAGUGCAGGACAAAGCCCAGGACAAUGCCUAUGCUAGUUCUUCCACUCACAAUUACGCCACUGCCCCGGCUAAUUCCAACCCUUACGAAAGCCAAGAUUCUUCUCAAAACAGUUAUCAUGCUGCUGCUCAAGCCAGUGAUGCUUAUGCUUCCCAGGAUGCAGCAUAUGCUGGAGCACUCAACCAGCUCAGUCAAUAUAGCCUAGCCAAUGGUUACUCUUUGGGAAGUGCAGGACUGGGAGCAGCCAUGAAUAACGCCAAUCACUAUUCAAAUGGCUAUGCUAGUGGCUAUGCUGCUGGUAUUCCAGCUUCUGCAUAUGGUGCUGCAGCUGGAGCCCUUGGUAGCUACCCUGCAGGAAGUGCAGCAGUAGCAAAUUAUGCACCCCAAAGUUCAACACUUGCACAAUAUGCAGCUCAGUUGACUGGCUAUGGAGGAAAUCAGUAUGGAGCAGCAGCUUCAGGUUAUGGAGUACCUCAAGGUUAUGGCACUCCAAGCAGACGGUAUGGCCUAGGAAGCUUGAUUAUGCCAAUGUUAGCUUUAGCAGGGUUAACGAUGCUCAUCCCAACUGUCACCAGCAAUCUGGGAAGUAGGACCAAGAGAUCUACAGAUGCUCAAGCAGCAAGUCCUCUUUCCAUGAUCAGCGAGUACAAAGACAAGUUGGAAAGAUAUUACUCACUAUAUAGGACCGCCGUAGAAAAGGAAGAAUGCAUGAACAGGAUCAUCUGCGAAUUUGGCAGCGCAGUCAGUGACGUUAAAGGAAAAGGAGCAGUUGUUCUAGUUCUCGAAAAACUAGUUCCAAAGCACAUGAGACCCAAGAUGAAUGUAUUCAAAGCUGGUGCUCUUUCAACCGAAAUAGGAAAGUGCAAAAAACUUUUCAAGUGCUGAAGAACAAGUAUUCUGGAAAUACUAAAAAGAAAACAAAAAUAAACUGAACAUAUCUUUCACGUUGUCAGCUUUGGCCAAGAAGUUGAAAUUGUUACUGUCUUCCUCUACUGUGCCCAACAUGGUAACUACUUUUUAAUGCUGUCUUUUCUGUUUUUCUAACUUUUCAUCAGCUGACCGAUGUCUUCCAGCUACAUAAUUUCAACAGAGCGUACAGGUGACGCUCGACCAAUCAAGCAGCCCAAUCUGAUGCAUGUAGCUCCCAAGGCACCAUGACCUCCAAAGGCCAGCUGCAUGAAUAUUUGAAGUCUAGUUCGCUGCUUGAGGCUUUUAUAGCAGGAACACUUCUUGGCCUUAAUAGAAUAUAUUUAAAUAUUAUUCUACAUUCAGUGCAAGGUUUUCAGGGUAGCUAUGAUUUCCUGAGCAAAGUUCUACUUAUUUUGGUCUGUGACAUCAUAUCACCUUGCAGAGUAAUUGUUUGUAUGUACGUGUUCAUAAUUUAGAACUUUUUUUCGUUUCGUUUUACGUAUGAUGUGUUUGAUUAAAUAAUAUUCAAUGUAAACCACUCUAUGAUGAUACAGAACGGUGAAAUUAAUACAUAUCUAGUUGAGAGGAAAAUUCUCAACAGAAUGUAGAGAAAUUGUAAAGCAUUUUUAUGAAGUGCUAUUAUAUAUUUGUAUACGUGUCAUGAACAAUCUCGUGCAUAUAAUUUUAUCAUUAUUAUUUGAGGUAUUCUUAAGAGUUUUGUCCAAAGGGUAUCAGCAUUAUAUUUAUAUCAUCUUUUUUAUUGUUAUUUCAACUAAUAAGUUUCAUACCUUUAGAAGUUCUUUAUGUCAAAAUGCUACCUAAAUAAUAAAUUUCAAAUUUUAGCGUAACUUAUCUUUUAAGUUUGCAGUGUUUUGGCAUCUAUUUCGAUCAACUGUUAAUAUCCAAAUUCAGAAAGAAGCAGAACAUUUUCCUUAAUUAUAAAAUACUUACUAUCCAACUAAGAUUAGUUGAGAAUUUCAAUUUUGUUUACCAUCUCUUUUCUCAAUUAUUAAAUAAAGAAAAUAAUGAAUCUUAUUAGUUGCAUUUUCUUCUCACUUUUCAUACCGCAGUACUAUUUCUGACAGUCGAUCGUGAACUUAUACAAUAUUAUCAAGUAAAAAAAAGUGAGUAUAUUAAUAAACUUACAAAAAAAAUUUUUUUUUAUUCAGUACUACAUAGCUAUAUAUUUAUAUAUAUUUUUGUUGGUUAAAGAAAGAGCUUUGAUGUAUUUUUGUGAUUAGUCUUUGCAUAAUUCCACAUCUACCUUCUUGUCAAAGAAUGGUCACAAGUACUGCGUUGUACUUAUUUAUUCUAUUUUCAUUUCAUUAUUGCUAUGUAAAUGCUGUUUGUAUGUUUUGUUUGUGAAAAAUAAACGUUCCGAUAAACAA